AUGAAGCUAUUAGUCCCGCGCCUCGCGGUUCGACGAAGCAUAGGAGAGCCAAUACACUCGAAUGUACGACCAUUUUCCAUCCCAACUUUCCUCCACCGAAUCCCCGCCAUACCGUGUCACCAGCACCCCGCUCAGUGGUGCACACGACGAGAUAUCAGCAGUGCUGCACCCCAGACCUCAACAGAUGGACAAAACAACUCUUUGACGUCAACAAAGCCCUCCUCUCAAACCCAACCUGAAUCUUCAAUAUCCGAACAUGUCCGCCUACUUAUGCGCCGGGUUCCCUAUCCUGUUGCAAUCAUCACGGCCACCGAUCCUGCCGGUCCUCCGGAUACAACGUCCUUCCGAGGCAUGACCGUUUCUUCCUUCAACACCGUCACACUUACCCCACGCCCGGUAAUCUCCUUCAAUGUGCGCCGGCCCUCAGAAACACUGAACGCGCUCCUUGCGUCUGGUCGAUUUCUAGUCCAUUUGCUCGCACCAGGGCCCGCGACAGCAACUCUAGCCCGAGACUUCUCCAAAGGAAAUACCACACUCGCAACGAUAUUGAGCGGGCAUGGAGAAUUUCAAUUCGAGGCUUUGAAUCCCAAAAAGGCCUCCAGCCAGGAUACCACAGCGCCCCUUCCUCUCUUGAGACGGAGAGGCGCCGAGUCGUGCUUGCCAGACUCGAAUAACGCUGAAUCCGUGGAUUUCCCGUUCGUUUUCGAGUGUGAACUUCACCCGCAGAAAAUUGAUGUGCAGGACCACUCAAUUGUACUGGGUACGGUUGUAGGUGCUAUUCAGGGUUCGGUUGACUCGCUCUCGAACCAGGAUUGUACCCGCGAAGAUUCCGAGAAGCAUUUGCCUGACCGACUGUGCCUGGCGUAUGCUAACGCCCGGUUCUGGAAGAUGGGAAGUGAGCUUUGA